AUGUAAUUUAUGUCAACAUAUAUAUCAUAUAUAUGUGAAAUUCACCAAGAAAUGGAACCUUGUAAUCUCUUGGGUACUAUAUAUUUCACAAGAAAGCAAAGAAAUCAUCUCCUGUAGCUUUCUUGAAGUAUACAUUGGUCGGCAAUAGAUGAUCAACCGAAGACUCCAACAACUUGACUUCAAAAUUCAUUUUCAAGUUACGAAUCUUCCAAAUCAUAAUUCAAUGCACUCAACAAACUGAAGUGAAGACAAAAUUUCACUUGCUUCCAGAAACCAGCAAUGGAGGGAGAAUCUCUAUGUCAAAACCUGGAGGCUAAAUUGUCAUCUAGUGUCAUUGCACAUCAUUUGGACCAGCUUGCAUCUGUUUUUUAUGCAGCGGACGAAGAUUUUAUAGAUUUUCAACGAGAAGAUGAGUGUGAAAUUGUUGCCAUGAACUCUUCACAGGUUCCUGAGCCUGGUGACAUUGUAUCUGAAUCCAGUUUACAGACAAUUCUGAUGAAACCUUACUUCUGCAGCAACGAACAUCAUAGAUUUUAUGAAAAGUUUCGAAGGUGUCUUUCACAUGAUGAGCAUAAAAAAUUACUUGGAGAAAAUCCCAACUUGAUUGGAACACAAGUUCAAGUUCCUUCUGAUGAACAAAACAAUUCUAAUCUGAUAUUAUCUUCUCCAAGAGAUAUGGAGGUUGCUUCUUUUACUUCAAGUAGCAGUUGUGCAUCAUCUGUACUAAGUCUACCAAGUAAAAAAAGAAUUAAAUGGUCUCAAGCUCUUCACAAAAAGUUUGUUCACUGUGUCAACAGUCUUGGUGGUGCUGAGAAGGCCACACCGAAGGCGAUACUGAAGAUGAUGGAAUCAAAAGAAUUGACCAUUUUUCAUGUCAAAAGUCAUUUACAGAAGUAUCGAUCUGAGAAGUAUAUGUCCGAAUAUAAACAAGAUAAACCACUGUUACAAGGGAAAGCUGAAAGCAUAACCAGUGACAUAUCUAUUCUCUGCAUGAAAAACAACAUGAAAAUCAACGAAGCACUGAAACUGCAACUAGAUGUUGAGAAGCAUCUUCGUCAACAGCUAGAGAUUCAGCGACAACUACAGCAGCAAAUCGAGGAAAAUGCGAGACAGCUGAAGAUGAUGAUGCAGCAACAACAGAAAAUAAACAAAAGUAACCUAUAACUUAGAAGCAAUAACUCAAAUAUCGCAUGUCCUAAUUACCCGUAAGCUGCUUCUUCAUCUAGUUAUAGCUUCUUGCAGCAAUAUUUUGAAGUUGUUUGUAUUGAACUACCAAAAUCAUGAGUAGCUCUGUGCAACAGUAAAAAUGAUGAAUUUUGCUCUAAAGUCUAAAGCAAGGCUUACGUUUGAAUGAAAGAAUUCAAAGAAA